AUGUUGUCUAACGAAAGCGGUCGAGCGUGCCCUGUAGCCAUCGGAACCCCCGAUCCGGGCGUGGCAGAGAAAACGCUGAGGAAACAUCGUGCUCGUGAGGCGAAAAUUCACAGGGACCGUCGUAGAAAGUCCUUCGUGACCUGGGCGCACGGAUAUCUAGGACUAGGCCGCCGCUACGAAUUGUCCUCUUGCGUGAGCGCAGCCAUUAUGCAGGCGUAUCCUUCGCAACAUGGUCAUUAUGUAGGAUUAACGAGAUCGACUGCUCGGGAAACUCAACUGGAAUGCGAUGAUGAGGAAUGGAAGGUUGAUGAUUUUUGA